CAUUUAUUACUUUGUAGAAAAUAUUUCAUUGGAUUAAAAAUUUUAACUAGUUUUUUUUGUAAUAACUCAGCUUUCUCCCUUUAUACUUUUGAUUACGUAGUACAUUACAGAAUGCUGAGUCGGCUGAGUGAACGUGAAUCGUGAAUGUGGUGAAUUGAAGGCUGAGUGGGAGUGACAAUCAUGGUUGACAGGCUAGUGAACAGUGAGGCGAAUGCUCGCCGCAUUGCCAUGGUGGAAAACUGCUUUGGCAGUUCUGGACAGCCUUUAGCUGUUCCAGGCAGAGUUCUAGUUGGUGAAGGUGUUCUUACCAAAAUGUGCCGCAAGAAACCCAAAGCUCGCCAAUUUUUCCUAUUUAACGAUAUAUUAGUUUAUGGGAACAUUGUUAUAAACAAGAAAAAAUACAACAAGCAACACAUAAUCCCUUUAGAGGAGGUAAAAUUAGAAUCACUGGAGGAUGAUGGACAGUUGAGAAACGGGUGGUUAAUCAGGACAGCGUCCAAGUCAUUUGCUGUGUAUGCUGCCACAUCCACGGAGAAGCAGGAGUGGAUGGCACACAUCAAUAAGUGCAUCGAAGAUCUGCUGAGAAAAAGUGGUAAGAAGGCGGUGGAGGUUCAUGCUGCUGUGUGGGUGCCAGACUCGGAGGCAGCUGUUUGUAUGCACUGCAAGAAGAAUCAGUUCACUGUUCUCAACAGAAGGCACCACUGCAGGAAGUGUGGGGCCGUAGUGUGUGGUCCGUGCUCCAAUAAGCGGUUCCUCCUCCCCAACCAGUCCUCCAAGCCGCUUAGAGUCUGCCUCAACUGUUACGACACCUUGUCUCGUGCCAAGGCCCAGCAGAACUCCAAUGACAACUCACUAAACAAAUCAGAUAUGAAGGAGCGUAGUGGGUCAGCUGAUUCGUCCGGUGAAGAAGACUCCGAUGAAGAGGAAGACAGAUCCAUGACCAAUGACACUGCUCCAGACCAGUGCUCACCGAGCAAAUCUCAAUCCCCUUCAAGCAAAUCCCAGUCAAGUGAAUCAAGUGACACAACGAGAUGGCAGCCUCUACGAGUCACUUUAGUUUGAUAAUAGUCCCGAUGUUCUACGGAACCACCUAAUGUUGGUGUACGCCGCAACGCUGUGUGGACUGAACAUUGCAUCGUUGCCAAGCAACUCAUCACUGUCUAGUAACUAACUAAUGUAUAGACCAGCCUGGGUUGACUGUGAAAUAAAACUUGCUGAAAUCGCAGCUGCCAUAAUCUCUGGACUCACAACAGUGAUUUUCUUUCAUCGUAGCAGACUAUAAUAAGGCUAUGUUGAGUUUUUAUUUCAUAAUCAAUGGCUCUGCUUAGCGAGAGAAUGCAGGCUGUUAUAUUUCCAUGAACAUAGAUAAUAAUAAUAUAUUAGUGUAAACAAUCUUUUAAGGUAAUUUCCAUAUAAGUACCUAAUCGUAUUGAAUUCACUGUUGGAUUCCAAAGUACAUUGCCAGAAACGGCCUUUUUGAUGUUAAUUGUACUGUAUAUUGUUAUUUGUAUAUACAUAUAUUAUUGUUAAUUAUAGACUCUAUUUACAUAUCAGUAGUGAUUCAUUUAAAAGUACCACACGGUUGGGAAAAUUGAGAACGUAAGUUACUAUUCAAUAUGUAACAUUUGAGGCUUCCAAUUGUUUGAACAGUUGCCAUUAAGAAAUGAGAGUACACCAAGUAUUCUAUGGAAAUAAGAAUAGGCCUAUUAAAAAUAUAGAUUUGUAUUUCAAUAAAUUAUAUUUACAUGUUCUA